AUGUCUUCUUCCAUGGGGCUCCGUUUGGCUGCUUGUUUACUAAAUAUUUUAGAAGCCAGAAGAAAGUACAUUGUUGAGAACAUAGCACAAGCAUCUCUUCAUGAAAAAAAUGGGCAGAAAUAACCUGGAGCAUCAAUGCUCAAUAUAUUUUCAUUUUCUGAUCAAGACCACAUCAAAUGAGUCAUUACAAUAUCGGCUUCUAUUAAUGAAUUAGGCAAUUCUCUUCUGGCUGCCAGCUUGGAGGCCUUUAAGUCUAUUACUAUGGAGGUUCGAGAGGCGAUCCACUCUUCUGGAGCAGUGAACCUCUUUCCCAUUUACCCCCUCUCUGGUGUCCCACGGGACGAGUGUGGAGCUGUGGCCAGAAGCAAAUUGGGAGAAAAGAAAGACCUUUUGCCUGGACUGUCUAGCUGCACCGUGGUUAAUUACAAGAUGCAGAGGCUCAUAACCUUUGGAGGGAAGUCCGCCUUAGGAUAA